AUCUGCCGAUUUGCUCAAGUGACACAGAGCGCGUCCCAUUCGCGGCCUCCUUUACUCCUAUCAUGUAGGAUGGAUUGCACCGAGAUUUAUCUAUGUAUUGCCCGCUGCUCCCUAUUUCUUUAAAGGACUCUCCGCGUUGAGCGUGCCAUUAUUUUCAUGAGACCCGGCGUCUGUUCUUUCAGUACUGCUUGACAAUUCUAUUUUAUUUCUUUCUUUGUAUGUCAAGUAUUUUGCAAGUCAAUGGACAAAGCUAUUGAGGCUGGUCCCACUGGGACUUAUACCAUCCAGCCUGAAAUCAAAACUCCAACAGACAAGGAAACGGCUAUUGAAUCAACCGGAUCAACCCCUCUGUCAGAGACGGGGAAUGAGCUUCGGACAGCAGCAGAUGGAAAGACAAUAUUGAUUCCACAACCUUCCAAUGAUCCGGACGACCCUCUAAACUGGUCGCCCGCCAAAAAGCGUUGCAUCCUAGGCGUGCUCUGUGUGGCAGCCUUGCUGACAGAUUGGGGUAUGACCUGGGGAGCGCCAUUAUUUCAAGCCCAAGCUGUAACCUGGAAGAUGAGCGUUCAAAACGUGAGCGCAAGCUUGAGCGGCGGUAUUUUUCUUCAAGGUGCUGGCGGUCUUUUUGCUGUUCCCUUGACCCAGAGAUUUGGACGACUUCCUGUCCUAUUUUGGUCCCAAUUUCUCUCAUGCAUAAUUGUGAUAGCCGCAUCUCUAGCUCCCACGUACGCCGGCUUCACUGCAUGCCGCACUAUCCAAGGAAUUGUCAAUACUGCUCCGCAAAUUAUCGGUCUCUCCAUCAUUCAUGACAUGUACUUCUUUCAUCAGCAUGCCCGAAAGAUCAAUAUAUGGGGUGCAUCUUUCUUGCUUGGUCCAUAUCUUGGCCCCUUCAUCUCUGGCAUGAUUAUUACAAAAUUAGACUGGAGAGCUGAUUUUGGUAUCCUGGCGGCCUUCUACGGGUUCAGCUUUAUCCUGAUCAUUCUUCUUGGAGACGAAACGUUGUAUGAUCGCGGCGAAGAGAAACAACAGCUUACGUCUACAACUGGCGUUGUUCGAAAACUCCAGCUCCUAAGUGGCUUCGCUGGAGCAAGAGCUAAAGGACGGCCAAGUGUUAUCACGAGUUUCCUGCAUACUCUAUCUAUUGGCAUCCGACCUCAUGUUUUUCUCAUCUCAUUCACCUUUUAUAUGUUGGCCAAUAUGUGGGCAGUCGGCCUUGCUACAACUAUCCCUGUCCUGGUCCAUCCACCCCCGUAUGAGUUUGGCCCUAAGGCAACGGCACUUCUUUAUCUAGCUCCUGCAAUUGGGGCUUUCGUUGGUGAGGCAUGGGGCCAUUUCUUCAAUGAGUUCAUUUUCCGAUCUUACUUGCGUCGCCAUAAUGGUAAAUGGCUGCCGGAACAAAGAUUAUGGGCCGUCUACCCCUCGGUCAUUGUCACAGUUUGCGCUUUGGUCUUGAUUGGACAAUGCCUUGAACGGGGUCUGCACUGGGUUGGCCUGGCUUUUGGGUGGGCCAUGUACAACGUUGCGGCGGUCACUGCCACUGUCGCCAUCAGCGCUUACGUCUUGGACUGUUUUCCCUAUCAUGCCGCCCUCGUGUCAAGCAUUGUCAACUUUUGGAGAACUACAGGUGGGUUCUGCGUCGUAUAUUUCCAAUUCAAAUGGGUUGAGCACAAUGGUGCUGCGGUGACGUUUGGAUGCCAAGCAGCCAUCGUUGCUGGCGGGUUCCUUGGUGUCAUUGCAACCCAGAUAUGGGGACCUAAAUGGCGUGAGAUGUUUCCGCCUCCCGCAGCAGAAAACUGAACGCACGCAUUACCGGAUUAUACAAGAUAUAGAGCAAUGGACGAAUUAAUUACUAGUAUCAUUAUCGUCGUUCGCAAUCAGAUCACCGUAGAUAAAUUUGCUG